AUGCCUGAUGAUGUCGAACUGCGGCAGGAGAUUCUGCAAAGGACGCUGGAGGAAGUAGCGCAGGAGAAGAAACAGCACCAGAACCACCGGAACGAAAACGCGGAAGAGGAAGGAGCGGCCAAUCCGUGUGUGAUAUGCUUGGACGCGAUCGCAGAGCCGGGAAUAGCUAUACCUUGCGGACAUGCGAAUUUUGAUUUUCUCUGCUUCUUGAGUUGGUUGGAACAGCGGCCGAGUUGCCCUCUGUGCAAGAAGGAAGUUAUUUCGGUGAAAUACGACCUAGAUGCUGCUGAAGGUCCCAAAAUUUACAAGUUACCUCCUCCGGCUCCUCCCACUGCUCCUACGUCUACAACUGCACCUCCGUCGCAUCGUCCACAUCGACCGGAUUUCCGUCGCGGCCGCCGUCCUCCCAGAGAAGCGCAACGCCCCCGAGCACCAGAACCAGAUGACCCCCUCCUGCGACGAAGACAUGUUUAUCGCAACCAGCUAUAUUCCCUACGAGUCGGCUCGAAUCGUCUCUCGCAAUACCGCGAGUUAACACCAGAGCUCUUCAACUGCGACGAACAACUAGUAUCGCGCGCGAGAAAAUGGAUCCGACGCGAACUGCGCGUAUUCAGCUUCUUAAACCCCGAUCCCGAAGAAGAAGACGAAGGACCAGGCCCUAGUCGCAAUAACCGAAUAGCCCAUCCCGGCCAACAACGACUAGAAAACCGCCGCGGAAACAACGCCGAGUUCCUCCUCGAGUAUGUCAUUGCAAUCCUCCGCACAGUCGAUGUGAAAGGAAGUGCUGGGCAGGCGGAAGAACUACUGCGCGACUUUUUGGGAAGGGAUAAUGCUCGGUUGUUUCUGCAUGAGCUGUCGUCUUGGUUGCGGAGUCCUUAUAUGUCUCUCGAGGACUGGGAUCGCAAUGUGCAGUAUGAGGAUACAGUAGGGAGACCUUCGAGAGUCCCAGGUCCGCGAGGGUUGGAGCAUGAUCGUCGUUCGACUCCUGUUUUUGGGCCAGAUAGGCGCUCUGGGCGUGGGAGGAUAUCGAAGCCAUAUUCCCCAAGAAGACCAUAUGAUCGGGGGAGGUCGCGAGAUGCGUCGACACAAGCGCGACGAAUACAGUCCGCACGAGACAGGUAUAUCCCUGAUUAA